GAGGUGUAGCGUUUGGCUAAAAACGAAGCCCGCGCCAGAGUAUCUAUCUUUCAAGUAUUCGCCUCCGAAUAAUUUAAACCUACUUCGGUAUAAUGGCCAGAGAUAACACCUUUCUCGCGGGUGGCGUGCGAUCCUAAGAAAGAGCAGAAUGCGGCCGUGCCCCACCUUCCUGCUGGUGCUGCUGCGCUGGGUGCGGUUGCGCAUGUGCGCCAGACGGUGGCGCUACAGCAAUGGCAACAACAGUAGACUACCGCUGUGUGUUAGACAGAGAUGGGCCUACCUCAAACUGAUGGUUAACUCCCUCUAUUACAACUCCCUCACCAACUCUGAUGUCGUCAUGGACUCACUGAUGGAACCCAUCUUCUGGAUCGUGGACCUACUUACCCGCUGGUUCGGGGCGGUGUUUGUCUGUCUGGUGGUGAUACUGACCAGUUCUAUCCUGCUGAUAGCCUACGUGGGUCUGCUGCCCCUGAUUCUCAACACCUACUCUCCACCCUGGAUAGUCUGGCACAUCGGUUAUGGACACUGGAACCUCAUCAUGAUUGUCUUCCACUACUAUAAAGCCACCAAAACCGCCCCAGGAUACCCCCCUACGGUAAAGAAUGACAUUCCAUUUGUGUCCGUGUGUAAGAAGUGUAUCAUCCCCAAACCAGCCAGGACUCACCACUGUGGAAUCUGCAACACGUGCAUUCUGAAAAUGGAUCAUCAUUGUCCGUGGCUGAAUAACUGUGUUGGCCAUUUUAACCAGCGCUACUUCUUCUGCUUCUGUCUCUCCAUGACCCUGGGCUGUGUCUACUGCAGCAUCAGUGGCCGGAACCUCUUCCUAGAUGCUUAUAGUGCUAUAGAGCGCUUCAAACACAUGGACUUGGAUAAAUCAGGUGUCCCGGUUACAGGGAUGGGGCAACUCAUAGGAAUCUUACCUCCUGGGCAGAGCACCUACCAGACCCCUCCUCCUCCCUACACGUUCAGAGACAAGAUGUUCCACAAGAGUAUCAUCUACAUGUGGGUAUUAACUAGCACGGUGGCCGUAGCUCUGGGGGGGCUGACUAUCUGGCACGCAGUGCUGAUAUCCCGAGGAGAGACCAGCAUAGAGAGACACAUCAACAACAAGGAGGCCGAACGCAUGGCCAAACAUGGCAAGGUGUACAAGAACCCCUUUAACUAUGGCAGACUAAACAAUUGGAAAGUCUUCUUUGGUGUGGAGAAGAGAAGUCAUUGGCUGACGCGAGUCCUCCUGCCCUCUGGACAUGCCCCCUAUGGGAACGGCCUGACCUGGGACAUCUGUCCAAUCAGAAAAGACAUGAUUCCCGUCUGAGCCAAAUAGAAAAUAACUGACUUGAGACAUCUACCCAAUAAAGAAAUACCUGAUGGCUGUCUGAACCCUGACCACACAGACUGUCUACAGAGAGAACUACAUUUCCCUGUUGCCCCUGUUCCCUACAGGUGCUGAAGACCGAUGACCAGGUUAUAUAGAUGAGAAGUGGAGUUCUGAGCUGGAGAGUGAAUACUCAAGAGAACUACAGGGAUGGCCAGCAGGGAAGAGAUGGGGAAUGUUUGCAGCGCCCAAGUGAAACAAACCUGGUCAUUUCCAUGUAAAAGGACCCAUGAGCACCAACAUGUGAAGUUCAUAGGAGCAUGUCAAAUUUGGUGUCAAAUGAAAGCUAUGAGUCAAUAUUUUUGAGAAAUGAAUGCAUAUAUACAGUUGAAGUCAGAAGUUUACAUACACUUAGACUGGAGUCACUUAAACUUGUUUUUCAACCACUCCACAAGAUUCUUGUUAACAAACUAUAGUUUUGGCAAGUCGGUUAGGACAUCUACUUUGUGCAUGACACAAGUAACUAUCACAAUUCCAGUGGGUCAGAAGUUUACAUACACUAAGUUGACUGCCUUUAAACAGCUUGGAAAAUUCCAGAACAUGUCAUGGCUUUAGAAGCUUCUGAUGGGCUAAUUUACAACAUUUCAGUCAUUUGGAGGUGUACCUGUAGAUUUAUUUCAAGGACUACCUUCAAACUCAGUGCCUCUUUGCCUGACAUCAUGGGAAAGUCAAAAGAAAUCAGCCAGGACCUCAGGAAAACAAAUUGUAGACCUCCACAAGUCUGGUUCAUCCUUGGGAGCAAUUUCCAAAUGCCUGAAGAUACCACGUUCAUCUGUACAAACAAUAGUACGCAAGGAUAAACACCAUGGUACCACGCAGCCGUCAUGCAUCUCAGGAAGUAGACUCAUUCCGUGUCCUAGAGAUGAACGUAUUUUGGUGCGAAAUGUGCAAAUCAAUCCCAGAACAACAGCAAAGGACCUUGUGAAGAUGCUGGAGGAAACGGGUACAAAAGUAUCUAUAUCCACAGUAAAACGAGACCUAUAUCGGCAUAACCUGAAAAGCUGCUCGGCAAGGAAGAAGCCACUGCUCCAAAACCACCAUAAAGCCAGACUAUGGUUUGCAACUGCACAUUGGGACAAAGAUCGUACUGAUGAAACAAAAAUAGAACUGUUUGGCUAUAAUGACCAUCGUUAUGCUUGGAGGAAAAAGGGGGAGGCUUGCAAGCCGAAGAACACCACCCCAACCGUGAAGCACGGGGGUGGCAGCAUCAUGUUGUGGGGGUGCUUUCCUGCAGGAGGGACUGGUGCACUUCACAAAAUAGAUAGCAUCAUGAGUGAGGAGAAUGAUGUGGAUAUAUUGAAGCAUCAUCUCAAGACAUCAGUCUGGAAGUUAAAGCUUGGUCGCAAAAUGGGUCUUCCAAAUGGACGAUGACCCCAAGCAUACAUCCAAAGUUGUGGCAAAAUGGCUUAAGGACAACAAAGUCAAGGUAUUGGAGUGGCCAUUACAAAGCCCUGACCUCAAUCGCAUAGAAAAGUUGUGGGCAGAACUGAAAAAGCGUGUGCGAGCAAGGAGGCCUACAAACCUGACUCCGUUACACCAGCUCUGUCAGGAGGAAAGGACAAAAUUCACCUUGUUUAACUUGUUGUGGGAAGCUUGUGGAAGGCUACCUGAAACGUUUGACCCAAGUUAAACAAUUUAAAGGCAAUGCUACCAAAUACAAAUUGAGUGUAUGUGAACUUCUGACCAACUGGAAUUGUGAUGACAUAAAUAAAAGCUGAAAUAAAUCAUUCUCUCUACUAUUAUUCUGACAUUUCACAUUCUUAAAUUAAAGUGGUGAUCCUAAUUGACUGAAGACAGGGACUUUUACCUAGGAUUAAAUGUCAGGAAUUGUGAAAAACUGAGUUUAAAUAUAUUUGGCUAAGGUGUAUGUAAACUUGCGACUUCAACUGUAAAUGUUUAAAUGAUUUUACAUCCUAAAAAUGUGGAAUAGGCAAACGCUUUGAUUUUUUUGUCAAACAGAUGGAAAAGGAGUCUUGGAAGACAUCUACCAGAAAAAGUCUUAAAAUGUAUUAGAAAUAUAUCAAAGGACAAUACUAUUGAAGUAAAGACCCCUGCCAACUAAUGGCAACACAUUUUUAGCUUAGGAUAACUUUUUCUGCCUUCUGUAAGUUUUAAGAAACAUUGCCUUUUGCCUUGAAAUUCCUUUACCAGAAACCCACAUAUCUUUAAAAUAUUUAAAACAUUUCUCCUUUACUUGUUACUCCUUCCAGAAGUAACAGGUAAAAGUAUAACUAUCAAUUAGUGAUAGUGUUUUUACUUUAUGAAUUAAGGUAUUAACUUUUAAUUCUGUUACCAAAUUGGUAACAGAAUUUCUGCAAUUUAAUUGGCUACAAUGGGAAAUCAUAGUAUUCGCAUACCAAAGUUGUGUCACCUGCUACUGUCCUCCUUUCCACUGGCAUACUUUUAUGUUCAGCUUAUAACUGUUUUGUUUUUGUCUAGUGGCCAAAGUCACUAGACAGAAAUUAAUUGUAACCUCUUAACAGCUUUUACUGACACCUACCCAUGAGUCCUCUCUUUCCAUUUACUGAAACCAGCCUCUUCUACUGAGCAUCGGAUGUCCAUGGACGUAAAAAGUAGUUAAAAUUUGGUUCAAUCUGC